AUGCCUUCUACACCCUCCUCUCCCAUCCUCCUCCUGCUCCUCCUCCUCCUGAGUCUUGAGGUGUGGAGCUACGAGGCUCCUGAGGAUAAGCAGGAUGUGUUUGCUCGGAAAGCCUGCCCUGCUUUCUUGACCUUUACCAACGCCGCCUACCUGGCUGGAGUCACAGUGGAGCUCCCAUGCCACUGCAAACCACAACAGAUACAAUCAGUUGUGUGGUUCUUUAGGAAACAUCUGGACGGCUCCGAGGAGACUAGAGUCCUGACUGAUCACCAUGGCAACAGGCUACUGGACCCUAAUGUCCCACACAGUGGCGAUCUGCGGAGUCGAUUCUCCAUCCGUCUGUUCAGCCUGCUGAUCUUCAGAGCGGGGCCCGACGAUUCUGGCAUCUAUAUCUGUGGCUCCGUUCACAAAGACUUCUUCUACGCUUACGACCUGGACAUCCAGGAGGCGCGCACGCUCAGCUUCAUUUCCAGGCUCCCUUCUGAAAGUACAAGUAAGAAAAGGGAAGUAAGGAAAGGACUCGGCUCUACGAAGUCGGCGUACCGAGUCUUCACCAGCUUCAGGCCCUGGUCGGUCUGCGAUCGCUGUGGAGUCCCUGGAGAGCGGGUCCGUGUGGGACUCUGCUAUGUCCACUCCCACUACCUGCAUGUACGCUACAGACGGGCAAACCAGACCGUCACUUCCUGUGGCUCAGGGGCGGUGCCCAGGGCGUUUGGACAACUGAAGAAAAGCAGCGUCGGAGCCAGGCUAGAGGUCACAAGCUGUCAAGUAACUUGUCAAACUCGAGCUCCUCCAUCCUCCAAAAUCUUGGCUCUGAUGAAAUUUCUUGGAUACAAUUCUGCCUCCUUGCCAGUGUUUUACCUGACCCGCCCUGCGGACCGCAUCCUGACGCUGGGCUGUCCCGGGGCUCGACCUAACAUGGCCGUGGCCUGGGACAGAGGCGUUGAACCCAUCUACCGAUCGGAACACUUGGCAGGUCGCGACCUCAGCGGCCCGCCCCCCAGGCUGCUGAUAGACACGGGACACCACCUGCUGUUUCAACCUGCAAAAGCUCAGGACUCUGGCAUCUACUACUGUUGGCUGGAGGGUCACCGAGCUGCUGAGAUACGCCUGCUGGUUUACUUACAUUUUGGGAGGGGACAGUCAGUGACUUCCCAUCCGGACUUCUGGAUUGCUCUCCAGACUGUGUUAAGAGCAUAUGUUGUCAUGACAGCUGUAUUUUGCCUGCUGCUGUUCGGCAGAGCUGGAGUCAAACACCUCAGAGACACCAGAGAAACACACGAGGAUUAA